CAGCAGCGCUAAAGGAAGCAGCAGAAGAAGAAUCAGCAGUAAUGGCGGCGCACGCAGAGGGCAGCGUGAGAGAGAGAGGCGAUCAGAAACUCAACAGAAACAGAACCAGAGCCAACCAGCAGCCCUCCGAUGAUUUGGAGCUGUUGACUGUUCCGGAUGGAUGGAAGGAGCCGGAGUUUACGUGGGCGGAUAACCCCCGGGGGCUGCUGGAGGAGAGCAGCUUCGCAACCCUCUUCCCCAAAUACCGCGAGGCGUAUCUGAAGGAGUGCUGGCCGCUGGUGCAGAAAGCUCUCGGAGAGAUUUUUAUAAAUGCUUCACUGGAUCUGAUUGAGGGCAGCAUCACUGUCAGCACCACUAAAAAGACCUUUGACCCGUACGCCAUCCUCAGAGCGCGGGACCUCAUCAAACUGCUGGCCAGAAGCGUCCCGUUCGAGCAGGCUGUGAGGAUUCUGCAGGACGACAUGGCGUGCGAUAUAAUAAAGAUCGGGACACUGGUGCGGAACAGAGAACGCUUUGUGAAGCGCAGACAGAGACUGAUUGGACCUAAAGGCUCUACGCUAAAGGCACUGGAGCUGCUAAGCAACUGCUAUGUACUGGUUCAGGGAAACACAGUCUCUGUACUGGGACCCCACAGCGGCCUGAAGGAGGUGAGGAAGGUGGUUCUGGACACGAUGAAGAAUAUUCACCCCAUUUACAACAUCAAGACCCUGAUGAUAAAGCGAGAGUUGGCGAGUGAUCCUGAGCUGCGCUCUCAGAGCUGGGACAGAUUUCUCCCCAAGUUCAAACACAAAAGUCUGGCCAAACGGCAAAAACCCAAAAAGAAGAAGGUUAAGAAGGAGUACACUCCAUUCCCUCCACCCCAACCUGAGAGCAAGGUUGAUCGUGAGUUGGCGAGUGGAGAGUUCUUUCUGCGGGAGAGCGAGAAGAGGAGGAGGAAACUGAAUGAAAUCAAGGUGAAGCAGGCUGAAGCUCUGAGCCGAAAACAGGAUGAGAGGAAAAAAGCAUUUAUUCCUCCCAGAGAGAAACCGGCCACCAAGAAAACGCCCAAAGCUCCUGCUGAAGAGAAACUGGACAUCCAGGCCAUUAAGGAUAAAGUAAAGAAGGCUAAGAAUAAGAAGCUUGGAGCUCCUCCCCAACUGAGCUCUGUGACCCCACCUUUUGACCUUGAGAAGAAGAAGAAAAUAACGAAGAAUAAAAGCUGAUGCAUCUCUGCAGGAUGGACUGUUGUUUCUCUAAUGGACAAAUAUGGCAAUGGUGGAAAAUCCAGGUCCUGAAAGCAAAAAUCCAUCUAUGGACCUGGAGUAACCAACUCUAUAUUUUGUAUGUUAUUGAUAGAUGUUUGUUGUUGUUGUUUUUUUUUUUUUUUUUUUAUGUAAAUGUUCUGAUGUGUGUUGUGCUGGUACAAGUUGAUUAGACACAGCAGUGCUGCUGGAGUUUUUUAACACCUCAGUAAAUAUAUUUAUCCUUUCCUGUCUUGUGAGCAUUGAUGAGGGACUAGAUGAAAAGCAACACAAACUGUGCAGUCCCAGAUUCAGAGCUUCUGUCUCUGACUACAUCCACAAGGUGGAGCUACAGGUACUGCUGUGUCAGAUCCACUCAUGUAACACCACAGCACACUAACACCUUGUACACCAGCAUCAUGCUAAUCAGUGUUACUGCACCCAAUAUGCACCCAAAUAAUUAUAGCUGCUCUUUGGUGAUCUAUCCUGUGGAGUCACGAGGGUCCUAAACAUACAGGACUAGAGUCUGUUAUAGAACUCCUAUAUGAUCAGUGGAUCUGAUAAGUUUUAUAAUGGGUGCAGUAACACAGAGGUGGUCAUAAUGUCAUGAAUGUCUGGUGUAUAUACAUGUCCGUUGUACUGUUCAGAUGCUGGCUGUAAUCUGAAGUGGUGGAGAUUAAAGCUGAAGUGGUUUGUUUAGUUUGA